CUUUUGUCUUCAUACAACAUCUCUGUGCUCUCCAUCUAAGCUUCACUGCUAAUCUCCUUCUAUCACUCUUCCAUAUCACAUCAAGAAACUAGGUGAGUUGCAGAUUUGUGAUAGUUUGUUAAGUCUUGCUUCUUUGCCUGUUGUUGCUGUCAAAGAGCAACAGGUGUGGCUUUGUUGCAGGUGCCUUGUCUGUUGGCUUGCUUGGGUUCUGGGGGAUUUUAAGACUCUGUUACUGAAAAGGACAGUUGUCUUCUUGGGAAGCACCUCAGUUGUAUCCCUAUUGUAGCCUUGUAGUCUGGAUGCUAUGCAUCUUAGUCUGAAGGUUGCUUGGGCAAUGCAUGAGGGUGGUCCACUGAGGACCACAGAGCUAACCUACUUGCUGAUCCCCAGGUGUAAGGGGCUUCACUGCUUUAUGCAACAGUGCUGGUGUCUCAGGGCAGCUAGAGCCUUAGGGUUAGGACAGCAGCCAGUACUGGGUGAAGACUGAGAGUGUGUAACAUGCUCUCAAAAACCAUUUGCUGCACAGGCUUUGGGAACCUGUGUUGAGAACCCCUCCCUUGCAUCAAGACCAUCAAGACUUGUGCACCUCAACAGGUCACUCUUUUUGGACCCCCUUUCCUUUCCUUUCCUUUUCCUUGUACUGUACCUGCUGUAAAGGGGUAUUGUACUCUUCUUGUACUAUGUCUGCUGUCAAGAGACUUGGUACUUAUGCCAUUUGCCUUGCCUAGAAAAUGCCUAAAUCUAAUAUGAAGUUUCCUAUGAGAGUUGUCAACCAUGGAGACUACUCUACCAUGGAGAUUGUGAUCUCAGAUGAAGUCAAGGGCAUGUUCAAUCAUGUUGCCUCUAGAAAGGUCUCCAAAGCUCCACAUUACCCUCCACCUGUCAACAAGCGCUCUCACUCAGAGAGUCUUGCCCUUCAACAAGAAAGCAGAGAGGACACUAUGGUCCUUAGCCUUCUAGCUAGAAUGGGUAUGGAGAAGCAGCAACAGAGUCUUCAGGAUCGCAUCAGCUCUCCACCUUCACCACUCAUCUCUCGCAUCUCUCCUCACUAUUCUCCUUACACUCCUCCCCCUUCCAUUGCUACCAACCUCCACUUCCGCCGUACUAAACUCCUCAAGCACAUCAAGGAGUUUAGUCCUCUGCUAGAAGCUGUCAAAAUUCGCUUGGAUCCUUUUAUGCAGAAACUUAUGGUGGAAGAUGAGAGGGAGUAUGAUGGACUCACUAUUAGAGUACCAAAGGAAGUAAGGGACUACCUAUUCACUUUUCAUGAAAGGUUUGAGGAUUUGUACCAAAACUUGGAGGAGAAAGGUCAUAAACUGACCAACAAGCAGUGGAGAGAGUUGAAAGGAGCACUUAAAAAAAUUGGAGGAAUAUCUUUGGUUAACCUUGAAGAUAGACUCUUAGAGAUCUGUAAAGAAUUUGUGGCUCUAGAACCAACUUUACCAUAA